GUUGACGUUACAAGCUAAUGACCCUUUCAAAUCAUCAACAACUCACCCCACUCUCUCUUCCUUUCCCCAUUUAUAUUCACCCUCCAUAGCCAAAAUCUAACAACCUUAUCAAACUCACACAACAUCAUCGUCUUCAUCAUUAUCUUCUUCUUCUUCUUCACUCUCUUUACCAAUCAUUAACUUCCUCAAAAGUCAAAAAUCAUGCAACAAGCAAUUCCUUAUAGAUCAUGGCAACCUCUCAUCUCAUCCUCCCCCACCACUACUCACUUCACUAGUUCUAUCAACAACACUAAUAACACUAGUAGCAUUACUCCCUCCUUUGUUUCCACCAAAAUGGUGCCAAACAUGGUCUUAGAGAACGCGGUUAUAGUCUUCGCUCGGCGCGGUUGCUGCAUGAGCCACGUGGUGCAGCGGUUGCUUCUGGGUCUUGGGGUGAACCCCGCCAUGCACGAGGUGGAGGAGAAGGACGAAGUGGGUGUGAUUAGAGAGUUGGAAGCAAUUGUGGGUGGCAAAGAAAACAACAUGCAGUUACCUGCGGUUUUUAUUGGUGGGAAAUUGUUUGGGGGAUUGGAACGUCUUAUGGCCACUCAUAUUUCUGGGGAAUUGGUUCCAAUACUCAAAGAAGCACGAGCUCUAUGGCUCUAGUUUUUUCCACUUUCCUUAAUUAAUUCCUUUUCUUAUUCAUUAUUAUA